UUUUAUUGUUAUGUAAUGAAAUACAGGUCUCCGACCUUGUUUGAUGACAAAACGUCGAGCUGCGCAGAGCGUCAGUAUAUUACGGUAGGAGCAAGAGUCCAUUUGCACGCUCCGCUGACGUCAGAGGACCCGCUGAAAUUCAAAGUUAGAGACGGACACUGCAACAUCUGAAGACAAGGAGGCUGUUUUCUCGAUUUAAUGCAACUUAGGUUUGACCUGAAUCGAGUUUAAGGUUUUAAGACAUAUUCUCGGUUCAUCAUGGAAGCUGGGCAGGAAAAUGGCAGCAAUGUCACCUUAAAGAGGCAGAGGGAACCUCUGUCGGACACUGAAGACAACAUCGUCCCCGCAGCAGAUGUAAAAGAUGGACUGAAGCGACGGCGUCUGGAAGCAGCUGGUCAGGAGAACCUGACUCCUGAGCCAUCCUCAUCUGGACGUCUAACGGAGUUCCAGGCAAAACCGGACACACCGGUGAUCCCGUCGGUCCGUUCCCGAGUCCAGCUGCUCGCUCAGAGAAAAGACGGGUUUUUUGCACAGCGUUCUUUCUCUCACCCAGGAAAUGAAAGCCCAUCGGUUUCCAGCAAGGGUGUCAGUGAGCGUCUUCUCGGUGAGGAAGAAUUUCAUCAGCGGCUGGAGCGUUUUAAGGCACCAGCCUCUCAGGCCGACACCACCCAAACGCCGAGCCCUGCCAGCUCCUGCCCCCGGCCCCGCUCCGACUUUGUGUCUGGCAUUCGGCAGAAACUGCAGUGCACAACAACGCCCAGCUCCAAACAGGCUUCCAUCAUGCGCCAGGAACGGGAGCUGGAGUUAAACCAGUUGCCUUUCCAGCCAAUCAGUAAGAACGCUUGGCUGAAAAGGUGCGGCUCGGAUUCAUCAAUAACUCAGGGAGGGCCUCCUGCUGGCUGCUCUUCCCCCGCCUCUCGGGUUCCUGUGUCUAAAAGGACAUUUUGUUGGCCUCCCAUUCAGCCCUGGGAUCAGGUUCCUGGAGACGUUGAGAUGAAAGAUGGGAGUUUUACUGACAUGUUGACAUCUGUGGCUACGACACCUUCUGGAAAUAUAACGGGUGAAGGAGCGGUCGCUGAUGCUCCUGCAGCAUCUAAAGAGCUUAAACUCAACAGAGAGGGGCAGAAGGAGAGCGUUCCUCACGACGCAGGGUCAAACUCUCAUGAUGACACCAACUCGACAGAAACCAUUGAGAAGAUGUUUGAAGAGGUGCUGGAAUAUGCUGGGAGUGCAGAAGAGGAGGGACGAGUUGAGGAAGACGGAGAGGAUCAUGACAGUGGUAUCAGUUCUUGUUCUGUUGUAAAGAGUGGUGAGAAGAUUGAAAGAGAGGAAGAGCCCAGAGGAGAGGAAUGUGAUGAAAACGAUGAGCUUCUUACUUUUCCUCAAAGCGGCAUCCUCUCUCCUCUCAGCAAGUCUCUUGAAGCUGUGGUUACCCCACUGCGACUGGCUGCGGCCCAACAGUCUCAUCCUCCACCGUUGCGCCUGUCUCCAGAGGAAAGCAGCACUCCUCCUGAAUCUGCUCCUCUGUACAGCAUCGAUGCGUACCGCACACAAGGGCAACGUAAGCUGCCAGCCAUUCAGAGCGUGACUCCUGUGGUUCAACGACGAACGCCAGAGACGCCGAAGCCCAAAGAGUCUGCCAACACCAAGGAGAAGAUAACUGCUCUGAAUGAAGAAGCUGGGAAACUGCAGCUGGUGAUCAACCAGACGCUGCAGGCGCUGAGCUGCUGCACCGAUGAGGAGCACGGAAGAGGCUCUCUGGAGGAGGCCGAAGCUGAGAAACUUCUGCUGGUGUCCUGUGAGAAACGGUCUGCUCUGCUGGCAGAGGUGUCCAGACUGCGGGAGGAGAGGAGCCUGCAAUCUGAAGAGGCUCCAAAGGAGGACACGGACUACGUUUCCCAGCAGGCCUGCAGAGGAACCAUCAACAUCACCAACAUCCAGCUCCCUCUGAAGGUUGAGUUUGUCUGCUCGUCGAACAGCCGUCCAGGUCGACCGAGCCACUAUUUUUUCAUCCUGAUCCGCUACGGACCGUGCAACGUCAUCGCCACGCCGCUGGCCACAUCCACCGACGCUCAAAAUGGAGACGCCGUCUCCUUCCCGACUGCAGUCACUCUAAAGGAUAUACGCUCGUCUUUUGAGAUUGAUGUUGAAGUCUACAGCCUGUGUCUGAGCUCAGGAUCCACCAGUACCACAGACCGGACCAGCACCAAGUCCCGUGUCACACCAAGGAAGUUUCUGAACACCCUUACACAGAAAUCCAGCAACAUUUUCACAUCUCCUGCUGCUCUCAACACUCGCCGCUCCAGUAACUUUUCUCUGGUGGGUUCCCACAAGAUCACCUUGGCUUCACUGGGAUGCAGGAAAUUUCCUCUUGAUAAGGUACCAUUUCUUUCGCCACUGGAGGGCCACAUCUACCUGAAACUGGACAGCGAGGGCCACUCCGAUGUGCAGCACCAAGGCUUCCUGACGAUGUUUGAGUUGAUCAGUGGAUUUGGGGUGUGGAAUCGGCGAUAUUUUGUUCUGGAGGAAUGCAACUUGUCCUACUGGAGCAACCCAAAUGACAGGGAGACCAAGGAAGCAGAAGGCAGCAUCUCUCUGUCCAGGUCUCCCAGUCAGUGCGUCAGGCCCGUUAAGAGAGAUUCCUGUGCUCGACCUUUCACCUUUGAGCUGGUGAACGCCUCUCAGCAGGAAGACCAAAACCAGGAAGCACUGUCCAAGUGUUGGUUCUCGGCUGACACCAAGCAGGAGAGGUUGGACUGGAUGGAGAAGCUCAACCAAGCCCUGCUGGACUUCCACACGUGGAGCCGUCCCCCGGCUGAGAACCAGGCGUUCAACACGUCCAACAUGUCCAACAGCGGGAACCUGGCGGAGAGCAUCCUGUAGCGCGAACAGAGUCCUGGAAUCAGCUUUUAGGCUUUUGGUAUGAGCUGAUAUUGGAGAUUAGAUUAGAAAUGUGAGAAACACGAUGAAACAUCUCAUGUUGAUUUAUUGAUGGGAGACUAAUUCAUUUUUCUGUUUUAAUCCUAAUCUAAUCUAUAAUUGUUGGGUUUCACUUUUAUUUGCAAACUUCGUUGCAAAUUGAAUAUUUUUAGUAUCAUGUUGUCAGAUUAUUUUUUUUUUUUUUAACUGGUUUUAUUUUUUGCAGGAUUUCAUUUGGUGAGCAGCUGCUCUGUUAAUGGUCACUUUAAGUUGUUGUCGCCUUUGCUAUUACCAAUAUUUACUUCUGUACAUGUACGGAUUCGGAUUCUAUUUUUAUUGUUCAAGCUUGAAGGAUAAAUAAUUGUGAUCAAUACACUUGACAGUAAAAAUAAAUGUAUGACUAACGCAGGAUGGGAGUCUCAGUGAGAACGUGAAACCGAUCAAAAGUCGUCGUCUCUGUUAAAUGUUCGGGUUUGGCUGCAUUCAGAAGGCUGAGGGACAAAAAGCCUAUUGUUGUUUCUGGGAUUUAAUUAAGUGGAAGAGAAAUAUACAAACUUAUUUUAUUCACCUUGAUGUGAAGGAGGAGAGUUUGGUUGCUUAGACUUUAUAUAUUCCUAAUUUACAAAAUAUUACCCUUAAUAUCUAAAUGGUAGCAGUUUCUUUUAUUUUUCUUUCAAAAUGAGAUUUUUUUUUUUUUUUAAUAUACAUAUGGACCUUUUGAUAAUCAGCAUUGCUGGCAUCUUGUCUGACUUCAUUCCCAGCACAUUAAGCGUUCAUCAUUAUUACAAAUACAAAGAUCCAUUUAUUUACUGACGUAAACACGUAUGUAAGGUGAGGGUAAAUGAUUUUUUCUGUUUGGUUUUCUUUCCCCUCUGUCAUGUCGUUGGUUUUCUUGUAUAUGUGCAUUUUCAGUCUAUUUGUCUGAGACAGCAUCAAUAAAGUCUAAGGAUUGAAA